AUGUCGUCCUACGAACUCCUACAUCAUGGUCAUGCAUCAACCGACAGCCUGGUAGUCAGUGACGGCCACUCACUCGAUACAAAUAACGCAGCAUCCGAAUCCUCAUCAUAUCUUGACGGGCCCAGGACUCCUCAUGAAGAAUAUCAAUUAGCAGAUCUCUCGACGACGGGCAAUGCGGUCAAGUCUGGGAAUCGGAAGAGGGAUGGCAGAUCCUACAAUGCGGACGAUGACUUCAGCGAUGAUGCGGAUACUUUGUGUGAGGAGAAACCUCGAAGGGGUAGACCUCCUACCAUCCAGAGUUCCAUGCCCUACACCGUGGACGAGGAGCGCGAAGUCGUAAGGCGGCUGGAUCGCAGACUUGUCUUGUUUGUUGCCUUCUUGUACAUGCUAUCUUUUCUUGAUCGAUCGAAUAUUGGAAAUGCAAAAGUAGCAGGGAUGUACAAUGAUCUACACUUGAGUUCCGAGCAAUUUGAAUGGCUACUAAGGGCCUUUUACAUCACAUAUGUCCUAUUUGAAUGGAUGACCUUGCUGUGGAAGGUCUUUGCGGCCCAUAAAUACCUUGCAAUCGUUGUGGGAUCGUGGGGUAUAAUUGCGUCUUUACAAGCUCUGACGUUUUCCUUUUGGUCAAUCUUGAUUCUACGUGCAUGCUUGGGUAUUGGAGAGGCGGGGUUCGUCGGCAUUCCCUUCUAUCUGUCGAUGUUCUUCAAACGUGAGGAGUUGGCAUUGAGGACAGGACUCUUCAUUUCUGCGGCUCCAUUGGCAACUGCGAUCGCCGGUACGCUGGCCUGGAUGUUAACUAAGAUUGGGGACCAGGUACCGAUCGCAUCUUGGCGACUUUUAUUCCUCCUUGAGGGGUUUCCGAGUGCCGUUGUAGCAGUCUUUGUCUGGAUUAACAUCCCAGAUGAGCCGGGGAAUGCUAAAUUUCUCAACCCCCGGCAGCGAAAGGUGGCAAAGCUGCGUUUGAGAAGGGACGAUGAUCCAAAGGCGACAGAGCGAAAGGGUCUGACAUGGAAGGACAUUGGCCAUACCUUGAUCGAUCCGAAAGCGUACCUUAUGGCAGCUAUGAUGUUUUGCUGCAACGUGGCUUUCAGCUCACUACCGGUGUUCCUUCCUACCAUCAUUAAUGAAAUGGGCUAUUCCAGAUUGAGCUCACAAGCGCUGUCUGCACCACCCUAUUUCGUUGCCUUCUUCACCGUCCUUGUCACUGCCUGGCUUUCAGAUUCAUACCGUGUCCGCAGCAAUUUCGUCAUAUUCCACGCCUUGCUGGCCGCAUCGGGGUACACAUUGAUGGCUGUUGCAGGAACCAACGAAGCAGGUCCUUUGAUCCGGUACAUAGGUGUCUAUCCAGCGGCGAUGGGCUUCUUCUCCGCCGUGACGAUUAUCAUCACCUGGGCACUCAACAAUCAAAAACACGAUACAGGCAAAGCUACGGGGCUAUCCAUCAUCCAGUAUAUAGGUCAGCUGGGGCCUCUAGUAGGCGUACAUCUCUAUCCUCAAAGCGACCGUCCCUACUUUGUCAAAGGCAUGGCAACUUGUGCGGGUUUCAUGGGCAUGGUGGCAAUACUAGCUGUUGCGAUGAGGCUGAUUCUGAUGUCGAAGAAUCGAAAACAAGGCAUAGCCCAAGAACGAAACGAGGAUGAAGGUGACGCGCUCGUUGGCUCACAAAGAGCGGGCGAGCGUUUUGUCUUUAUUAUAUAA